AUGUCGGCAGCUCAGGUCGCAAGGGGACCGCGGAUCAAAGGUCUGAGCGAUCCCUACCACUAUCAAUCCAAAGCAACGCAACGAAGCAAGGCGCCCGUGGUGGCUGCCACCAAAACCGCGAAACGUACAUACACCUGCUGCGAGAAACCCGAGAUAGAUACUUCCGACAAUGAAGUCUUGUGCUACAACUGCGGUGCUGUCCACGGCGAAAACAACAUCGUCUCCGAGGUUACUUUUGGCGAAACUUCGGGCGGAGCAGCCAUUGUCGAGGGUGGCUUCAUCCACGCCAACCAGCGUCACGCGAAUUCCAUGGGCGGCACUAUGCGGGGUCUGGAGGGCAUGGGGAGCAGGGACCAAGCUGCGAUGAAUGGCAAGAACUCCAUCGUAGCUCUAGGCGCAUCUCUCAACCAGCGCGAGGCCGUCGUAGAACAGGCUUACAGCUGGUACAAGCUCGCCAUGAACCACCGAUUCAUCCAGGGUCGCCGCAUGAGGACCGUUGCCGCUGUCGCGAUCUACAUGGCGGCACGGAGACAACCCGAGAACACGCUCAUGCUCAUCGAUCUGGCCGAGAAGAUUCAGACCAACGUCUGGCAGCUCGGAGACACGUACAAACAGUUUCUGGAGAUGUUGAAGGAGGACGACCCCGCACAGCUCGUGGGCACAAAAGCCGUUCAGGAGAUCGAGCCGUUGAUGCUGAAGUACUGUCGAAAGCUCGAGUUUGGAGAGGAUUCUCACAGGGUCGCCGACGACGCCUGUAGGGUCCUGAAGCGCAUGAACCGCGACUGGAUGGUGCAAGGUCGUCAGCCGGCUGGGUUGUGCGGCGCCUGUAUCAUCAUAGCCGCCCGCAUGAACAACUUCCGCCGGACCAUCCGAGAGGUCGUCUACGUUGUCAAGGUCGCCGACUCCACCAUCACCUCCCGUCUAUACGAAUACAAGAGGACACAGAGCGCGGCUCUCACGGUCAACCAGUUCCGAGAGUUCGGACCCCGUCUCAAGGUCAAGGCUCAGCCUCCUGCCAUUUGGAGGCGCGCAGAAAAGGAAGAGCGAAGGGAAAAGAGGAGGCAACGAGCAAUUGAGGGUGGCGACCCGGAUACUACAGAGAACCAGUCGGGAGAUAGCGAGGCAGAAGGAGGUUCGGAUACCGCACCAAAACGCACGAGCAAGAGGCGCAAGUCAAAUGACGGUUCAUCUCAGCCAGUUGCGACCCAGACGGAAGCUUCUGGUACACAGAAUAGCGAUCCAUCCUCGGAGUUAGCGGCUCUUGACGGCAACACGGAGGCGGUCCUGGAGUCUGUUGUUAGUGCAGUCGAGGAAGUCGAGGCCGGUGAGACCAUCGACCCAGACUUUGUCAUGCCUAAGAAGCGUGGCCGACCACCAAAGAAGCCGCGAGUGCCCGUCGUGAUCGCCGAAGAGGAUCUCGAAAUUGAGCACGAGCUUGAAGACGAAGUCACAAAUACCAUCAAGGACUGGGAGGGUAUCUUCAAGGAAAUUGCCAACAGCGAAGACCACGAGCUACUCAGGCGUUCUGGCUGGACAGCAGCAGAGAUGGCCCGCGUCGCCGCCGACACCCGCGAUGCCGUCCCCGUAAACACAGAUCCUGAGAUUGGUGAAGACGAGUUCAACGACGACCCCGACGUUGCCACCUGCAUCCUCAACCCCGAGGAAGUCCGCCGCAAGGAAGCCAUCUGGAUCACGGAGAAUGAACAAUGGCUGCGCGACCAACAGACCAAGAUGUUGCAGGCCGAACUCGAGGCCGCAGAGGACAAGCCUAAGAAACCCAAACAAAAGCGCAAACACCACCAGAUGGGCGAUGGCAAUGUCCUUGAGGGCCAGCCUGCGGCUAGCGCGGCGGACGCUGCCCAUAAGAUGCUCAAGAAGCGCGCCAAAGCUUUCAGUAACCACAUCAACUACGACCGACUCAAGGAGUUGUUCCCCGGCGGUCACCCUUCUGCGAGCCCAUCUGCCAGCGGUCAGGGUGCUAGUUCAGCCUCCACCCCGCAAGCUGUUGUGCAGCAGCCUGUAGAUGUCGACGCGGAAGGCGAAGAAGAAGAGGAGGAGGAGGAGGAAAUGGAAGAGGUAGAGGAAGAAGAGGAAGAUUUGGAGCACAACUACUUGGAAGACGAUGAUGAAGGAUUUGCUAACGAAAGCUACGACUACUAG